CUCCUGGUCACUGGCCCCCGCAGGACCCUCCUCCAUCUCACCAUGGCAAAGGCAGCCGGGCUUGUCUGCGCGCUUCUCCUGCUGGCUUCGUUCUGCUGCCAGAGCCUGGCUCAGAGAGGCUCUGCUGUGCCGGAGAAGUGCUGCUUCAAAUUCCAGACAAGGAAGCUCAAGAGAGACAACACAGUCAGCUGUUACCCUACCAGCCCAAUGUGCCCUCAGGCAGCCGUGAUAUUCAAAAUGAAAGAAGGCCAGGAGAUCUGCGCCAAGCCUGACAGGCCCUGGGUGAAAGAAUACCAGACAUUUCUCAGCUCGGCUAGUAAAGCCUGAGGGCCACUGGGAGACAAGCCAGGAGCUCCCGGCCACAGGCGCAGCUUGCUUGCUGCGCACAUGUCUCGUGGCACAAGGGAAUCCGCUUUAAGCUUCAUCUAUCAAGCAUGUUCCUGUCUCGCAUCUACAAUUAUAUAAUCACCCUCUGCUGUGCUGAAUGCUGGUUCACAGGGCCGGCUUUAAGAAGUGCAGGGCCCAAU